AUGGAGACCCUGGAUGAAUUUGACAGUGAGUACCCGCUCAUCAUCACCUUCUGCGAGCGGAUCUCCCCCCAGGACUUUGAGGGCCAGUCCUCAAGUUACACACAGAAAGCCCUGCAGGACCUUUUCGUUCAAAUGGAACAGAACCCGAGGAUCUGUGAGCGGGUGGUGAGGAAGAGGAAGCAGACUGAGAACGAGACAGCCAGUUUGGCCCAAUAUCUGAAGGCCAAGUUCUUUUCCGUGCUUCAGGGAGACGUGAACUACGACAACUCCCUGGAAGAAAUGGAGAUGGAAGAACAGGUGGAACAACUGAAACGCGAGAUGGAGAAGGCUCACGAUUACGCUCACGCCGCCAAGAGUGCAUCCUGGAGGGCUCUGGAGAUGCAGACUAAGAAGGCCGUUCCGUCGGGAGAAUUCAGCCCCAGCCAGACCAAGCUUUUGGAUUCGAGUGCUCCAGUGAUGCCAAAAAUCUUUGGUUCUUUCCCAAAGCAGAUGGAGAUAUGCAUGGGAUCCAAUGUGGACUUGAAACAGCUCUGGGCUGGCAUGUCAUCAGUCAAUCAAAAGAGCAUGGUUGACCUGCGGCCCUUCAUGCUAAACCCUGGUGGCUUCCGUCCCUCAUUCCUGGCAAGCAACUCUGUCAGCUGGCUGAAAUACUCCAGUUUCCCAAGGACUCCUGCCAGCAAUCCCGCUUCAUCUUCCCAAAGCUGCUCCAGCACCACGUCCGUCUUCAGCACACCCAUGCUUGCCAAGUUCAGGGGCAGCAAAGACAACGAGAAGGAUAGUGAAAACUCAGGCCCCGAUUCUCAGCCGACAGGGGCCUAA